AACAAAAUGGCCGAGCCCUUUUGAUAUUUGUUUGGUAUCUUUUAUGGGAAGUCCAUUAUUCAUGCUUUGAUUAAAAUAUGUCUAAAAGAGAGGGAAACGAUCGAAAUGAAAAAAAAUUGGAUCCGAGCGAUUACGAAAAUUUAAUAUCUCAACAUAGUAUUUUCGAAUCGACAAGGACUAAACAUCAAGAAUUGCCUAGUUUCCCUGGAUUUUCAAACGCGGGAACACAGACAAAGUCAAGCGAUUUAAAGGCACAAUCGGUGCAGUCUGGUCUAGGAGCGUGGCAUUACAACCCAUGGUGGAUGUUAGCAGGUACGUCUCGAGGAGUUUCUUCACAAGAUGAUUUUUCAGAGACAAGUGAGCAAGCUAAAAUUAAACAAGAACCUAGCGGAGCUGGUACUCCUGAUCCAGACCAUGAUCCUCUACAAAGUGAAGUAGAACCUUAUCAAACUGCAACUCCACCAGCAGGAUUAGAUUCGUUUUGUGAUGAUUGUUCAGAUCCAUUUUGUGACUCCAGUGCAGCAAUAUGCCGUAGAUUAUUUCACUGCCCGCAUUGUCGAAAAAGCUACCCAACUAUUCUCGAAUUCAACACCCAUUUGACUGGAGUUCACCCAGCUCAAAAACCUUUUAGAUGUCAAAUUUGCUUGGAACCUUUUCAUAAGAAAUCUUAUUUAAGAAGACAUUUAGAUGCUAACCACACCCGGAAAGAUGUUAAUAAGUGUUCAGUUUGUUCAAAAUAUAUAAAAGACAAAAGCAACUUACGUAAACAUAUGCAAGUACAUACAGGACGGGUGCCACAAAAACAAUUUAAAUGUGAUCUAUGUAACAACAAACGUUACAUGUCUCUGGAUAGACUUAAUAAUCAUAAAGUGGUGUGCACUGGAGAGAAAGUUCUAAAAUAUUGUGACAUGUGUACCAAAGUAUUUGAUAAUUCAAGAUCAUUGAACAGCCAUAAAAAGGUUCAUGCAAGAGAAUUGAAGUGUGAAAACUGUGGUGAACAGCUUCGUUCAUUAGAACAAUUUACGAAUCACAAAAUGAUUUGCCAAGGGACAUCUGAAUUACCUGGUGUUAGUGGAACAUCUAGCACUGAUGUUACACCUAUGAAUCGUUGUUGCACACAACCCGGAUUAUGCGAACAUGAUAAACCCGCAUACCUCAACAUACCAGGCUAUGCUGCAGGCAGAAUACUUGAUGCAACACUAUCAUCUUUAAAAAAUGAUAUGAACUGAUGUAGUUUGGUGCACCAGUUUUUUAAAUUUAAUACAGGUUUGACUUUUCAAGUUUUUUUACAGAUUACCAAAUAGUUAAAUUAAUGACCGUAAUAAUUUUCACAAUUGAGAAUUUCACAAGACUGAUGCAAAUAUCCCGCCUCACAACUUGCUUUAUUAUUACCAUUUAAAUUAAGGUGUAGAAAGUAAGGUAAAUACAAUUAGGAUAACUUUGUAGAUGAUGGACAUUUUUAUACAUUGAAAUAAACAGUGCCCUCUCAAAAUCUAAUAAUGUUUUUUUACAAUCUAUUGAUUUGCAUUAUGUUUCACAGUAUGAAGAGAGAAGUCUUCUACUGUCUUAAUUUUUUGAAAAGACAUUAAUGGUGAGAGGUCACCUAUUUAUCAAUGAAAUGUAUAAAUAUGUUCAAAAUUAUCCACCUUUUACUUUUAUACUUAAUUUUCUAAGUUUUCUACAAAAAAUAGCUUUACUAUAUACAAUCUGAAAAAUAAUUUUGUACAUUUCUUCAUACAAAUACAGUAUAAAUUACUCUUAAUUUCAUGAUAACUACAAUAUCUUGACUGAUUUAGAGUAAUGUUUAGUGUGCAGUAUUACAUCAGACCCUAUUUUAAUUUUCUAUUUUUGAAAAAAAUAAGAGCUAUAUUUUUUUUAUAGGUUUUAGAACAUAUUUUUAGGAUCCUUAAGUCUUACAAAGUUGCGGUCUGUGGAGGUUUGUGUGUACAUGAGCAUGUUCAAUAUUCCACUGCUCUACUGUACUCUAUACUCCAAAGACUUAGAAUAGUUUCAUAUGCAUAUAGAAUGAAUUUUUAAUAUUUCUAAAUACACCUUUAUAUGUGGAACUUGUCGUUCCGUGACAUUAGAUCUUAAGGAACUGUAAAGUGCAAUGACCACUGGCAAAGCCUGACCAUGUUGAAGUUAUCAAGUUUUUUUUUUGUUGUGUAAACACAAAAUAUUUAUUCAUGAAGUGUUAUACACUAAAGUUAUUAUUUGUGAGAUUGCUUAGAGAUCCUAUUACAAUAUAUGAAUGAAACUUUUCAGUUAAUACUGUAAAAUUCAAACAGAGUUUGUUAUGUUUAAUUAAAUACCCAGAUGUCUUAUAAAAAUUAUUGUAAAAGGGUCUCGGUAUAUUUUACGAAUGUAUUUAUAGAUAUAUACAAUAUCAUAUGUAUGUUCAUGUUUAUAAUUAAUAUCAUGAGGCUAUUUAUAUAUUAGACUUUAGAGCCUAUAUAAAUUUU